UGUAGCAUUCGUGCGCGAUCCAUCAAUCCAUCAAUAUGGAUCGCGAUCUAAAUAUCGUGAUAAUUACUGACUGUGUGACAGAGCCCAUUUAAUUCAUUCCGUGUAAAAUCGAGAUGGCGAUAUAUCGGGCUGAACAAUAUCGAUAUCGGAAAAAUUGACGUUAAAAAUCCUCUUCCCAAUUUCAUUUCAUUUCAAUUCAUUUUUUAAUAAAAUCAUUAGCACAAUAAUCAAAAGAAAGAUCUUUUAUAGCGCAUGAAUAGAAAAUUAGACCUGCCUAUGAACUCACCUAAUUGUGUUAUUUCCAUCUUGUAUAUUUACUGAGGAUUAAAACGGCAUUAAAACAUAUUAUACGCAGAAGGACAGUAUGAAUUACAACAAACACAUCAUUUCGACGUUCUCAUUUCAAUGGCCAAAAAUGCAUCACCAUUGAAUUCGCCUUUAAUGCAGCGAUAAGCAGCGCCAAAUAGAUAUUUAAAAGAUUCAUCGAUAUUUUUGAUCGAUAACAAUCAUUGUGAAAGUACUCGAUACAACACAAUUCGCCAUACACCAAGCAGUUAUUUAUUAGAAAUUCAAAAUUUUAAGAAUUUUAACAUAAAUUGUUUAUCUUCUUCCAUGAAAACUAUUCAAGUAUGACGAAGUUUCACCGUACACAACACACAUGAUUCAAUAAUUAAUGGUUUGCUCAAUAGUCUAGGAGAGGGGGAAACUUUUGUCGCGGCAACUCGUUACUUGUUGGAGAGGGGGAGACAAGGAAAGGGGAAGGACACCGAGUUGUUCGUGCUCGGGCAACACGCUUUGUGCUCUCGUUCGUCUGAGUAAUUCUAAUUGGCCGUUCACAGCUGACAACAACAAUUGUGUACAAAAGAUUUUCUCUGUGUGAACGUGAAGGGCAACACCAAAAGAUAAAUUGCCGAAAAUGGGCGUGUUUGAAUCGGUAACAAAGUUCUAAAGCAGUUCGGUACAAUACAGAGAGAAAACGGUUCAGUUCACUUUGGCGAUAAUACACUAAAGUGGUUUAGUAAUUACAGACGAAACAACAAACGAACGACACUAUCGAUAGUGGCAAUAAAAAGCAAACUAUCGAUACUAUCGAUAGUGUCAUCGAUAUUUUUCCAGCGCUACUGUUGAUAUCUAAUUAUAAACUAUUUUUUUGGUAAAUACACGUAAUUCUUACAAAAUUGUUUUUUAGUAAAGUUAUAUAUAAUAAAAUGCCUAUUGAUGCACGAGAAUUAAUGGAGGCAAUUUCUAUAAUUGCCAAUCAGCGCAAUGUACGAGUGACCGCGAAACAGGCUGGAAAAGGAGCUAUGGUUUGUGCAGCGAGUGCUUUUGCAGGGGGAUUAUUGCUUGGCCCUUUAGGUUUAGUUGUUGGUAGUACCGCCGGUGGCUUGAUGGCAUAUAAAAUGACUAGUGGCACCUUCCGACCGUUAGCUGAUGUAUUGUUAAAUGAUUUAACGGAUCGACAACAAGAGCAGUUAGUGCGACAUGUCAACAAUGCAGUUGCUGAAUUCGAAAUAUCCGAUUUGGCACUAUUGCUGCCGUUGAUAAUGAACAACGCAAGCAUUCAACAAGCAGUUCUGAAGACGGCGAUUUCGUUUGUAUCAAAUGAGCUAAACCUGCAAAUAAUCGACUGACCUUUAGGUAUUAUAUGGGUUGCAAGGGAACAUUUAACGCAAUUGGGCACAAUAUUUCUAACAAGCUGUUUGUAUAUAACAUUACUUGCUUUAUAUUCAUGCGUAUUGUUCUUAGUUUUUGUUUAUGUAAAUGUAUUCAAAAGUUAAGACACAAAAAUAUUAACGCGAACAGUAGUUUUAAGCAUAAAGUAAUUUCCAUAUAUAAAAAGCAAGUUUUUGUUUAAACUUUAUUAAAAGUAAGAUUAAAAUAAAGUAAGAUUAAAAUUAAAAGA